AUGACGACUACAGUGAAGAAGUAUCCCAGUCUGUACCUGCAGAGCGAUUGGAAUUUAGCUUUGAGAGAGGCCAAUGGAAGUGCUUGGGUAUCUUGCAAGCUAGGUGAUACAUCCAUUCGUGGUAGUAUUAAAUGCUUCGAAGAUGGGACACACGAAGUAUCAGAAGAAUUUUGCGUUACUAAUAUCGAGCAGAAUCCAAUUACAAUUACUUGCCCAAGGAAUCGAUGUAAAGCUGAUUUUUUGGCUCCAAAACAGGAAUAUCCUCGGCAUCAUCGUGGAAGUGUACGAACUAUUGAUGUCAGCCCUGGAGGUAACUUAGCAGUAUCAGCUGGAAGCGAUAGUACUAUUAGACUAUGGACCACUGAUAAUGGCGCAAUUAGGCGUGAAUUAUGUGGACAUCACAAUGAUGUCACAUCAUGUAAGUUUUUCCCUUCGGGAGUUGUACUGUUAUCUGCAUCUUCAGAUAUGCAAAUUAAAAUUUGGUCAACGGAAGAUGGUUCAAAUCCUGCAACAUUUAGAGGGCAUACAUCGACUGUUACAGACACUGCGAUUAUCGGGCGUGGUAGAAAUAUUAUAUCAUGCGGAACUGAUGCAGCCGUGAAACUUUGGGACUGUGGACGAAGUAAUUGCCUUGAUACUCUUCUUAAAGCUGAUUGUCCCAUUAAUGCGUGCGCAUUAGAUAAUGAUCAAGCGGCAGUUGGUUUAGCCCAUCGCGGAACAGCAACAAGCGAGCGUGAAAUUGAUACGCAGGGCAAAAUAAUAGCGCUGGCAAUGGAAAACAAUUAUAUGGAAUGCCUAGAUGUAUACAGUAGGAGCCAAAUUUGUAAAUUGAAUGCAUCAUCUGCCUUCAAUUGUUGCAUCAUUAAUUCGGGCUUAACAGUCAUCGGAGGUUGCCAGGAUGGCAGCUUAUACUUAUUUGAUUUACGAAACCCAACUGCUCCUUUGCAAGUUUUUUGUCGUUCCGUUUACUCAAUUACGACGUUAAAAUCAAUAUCGAAGGAGGAUAUCUUUGUAGGGACAGGUGACGGAUGUUGUUACAAAUGGAAUAUAGCCAAAGCAUACACGGAAGAAGAGCUGAUUUCAACUAUAGAAUUGUCGGGAUCUGAUUGCGAUCCUAUUUAUGACAUAGCUAUCCAUGAAAAUAAGGUUUAUAAUUGUUGUAGAGAUGGUCGAAUUAGACAAUAUGCAAUUCCCCUAUAA